AUGUCUCACCGUAAGUUUUCGGCCCCCAGACAUGGGUCCCUGGGCUUUCUGCCGCGCAAGCGCUGCCGGCGCCACCGUGGCAAGGUCAAGAGUUUCCCCAAGGACGACCCUAGCAAGCCUCUUCACCUGACUGCCUUCCUUGGAUAUAAGGCUGGCAUGACGCACAUCGUGCGCGAAGUCGACCGACCUGGUUCAAAGGUGAAUAAGAAGGAAGUAGUGGAGGCCGUGACGGUGGUGGAGACCCCUCCUAUGGUUAUCGUGGGUAUAAUUGGUUACGUCCAAACCCCUCGUGGACUACGCACUCUGAAGACUGUAUUUGCUGAACAUAUUAGCGAUGAGUGCAAGCGCCGCUUUUACAAGAACUGGUACAAGUCGAAGAAGAAGGCGUUCACCAAGUACUGCAAGAAAUGGCAAGAUGACGAGGGGAAAAAGCAACUGGAGAAGGAUUUCAGCAGCAUGAAAAAGUAUUGCCAGGUCAUCCGGAUCAUCGCUCAUACACAGAUGCGCUUGCUUCCUCUUCGCCAAAAGAAGUCCCACCUCAUGGAGAUCCAGGUUAAUGGUGGCACUGUUGCAGAGAAGGUCGACUGGGCUCGAGAAAAACUAGAACAGCAGGUGGCUGUCGGUGGUGUCUUUGGCCAGGACGAGAUGAUCGAUGUCAUUGGAGUUACAAAGGGCAAGGGAUACAAAGGUGUAACUAGCAGAUGGCACACAAAGAAACUGCCACGCAAGACCCACAGAGGUCUGCGAAAGGUGGCUUGCAUUGGAGCUUGGCAUCCAGCCCGUGUGGCCUUUUCUGUUGCCCGUGCUGGUCAGAAAGGCUACCAUCAUCGAACGGAAGUAAACAAGAAGAUCUACAAGAUUGGUCAAGGAUACCACACGAAGGAUGGCAAAGUGAUAAAGAACAAUGCGUCUACUGACUAUGACUUGUCUGACAAGAGUAUUAACCCCCUGGGUGGCUUUGUGCACUACGGUGAGGUGACUAAUGACUUCAUCAUGCUAAAGGGCUGUGUAAUUGGGACCAAGAAGCGAGUACUUACUCUGCGAAAGUCACUCCUGGUGCAGACUAGCCGACGUGCCCUAGAGAAGAUUGACCUCAAGUUUAUUGACACCACCUCAAAGUUCGGCCAUGGCCGUUUCCAGACUGUGGAGGAAAAGAAGGCUUUCAUGGGACCACUCAAGAAGGACCGUGUCACCAAAGAGGAGACUGCUUAG